ACAACUUUUAUUCCUUGUUCUCAGAGCCCUUGUCCUUCACUCGAGCAAUCUCCGUCUUAUAGGAAAAGGUGAGCCAGUUUGUGGUGCAGGCAAGUAUCAUCAUCAUCAUCGCCAUAGUUAACGCAACAGUGAAUGAGACGGAAUCAUAAGCAAAAGUGAAGCUGCAGCAGCAUGCAAAGAGCUGGCUUGGCUAUGGUUCCUCCAAUUUCCACGAAUUCCCUGGUUGGGCAUAUAACUCACAUUGGACGACGAAGAGCUCAGUUUGCUUUCACCACUCACUCCGCAAGCAUCUUCUUCACUCACCACCCACUCCUCAGCCCCAUUGUUUAGUCCACAAAGUCUGAAACUUUUGUCCGUCUCACUUGGGGUGCAGUCUCAGCUUAUUUUAUCCCAAUUAGCUGGCCAGCCGUUUAACCAUCCGCAGCGAAGAAAUCAAACAAAGACGUAAUUGUCACUGGUCAAUUUCUAUUAUGUGAAGAAUACCAUAUCCACAAAAGAACAUUUGUCUUGAUUGAGCAAUUCUGCAUUUUAACGCCCAUUGCGAUAUCCUUAUUCUGUAAGGUAAAUCAUAACCUGGACAAGAAUUUUGUGUACUCAUGGGUGUUGUCAUCUUUAUUUUGGCCAGUCUCCAAUCCAUCAUCAGGAUCAAGUAAUCAGGAGUAACAGAAACGUCAACAAAAACGCAAGUUUUCACAACCACUGACUCAUUCAUACGUACACACACACACGCAAAACAAUUUCCAACAAAUCCUUGGUGGACCAAGAAGAGCACUCGAUCCACACUUGCCAAAUAGCCAUAAGCCAACUAACUAACUCGGUAAAGUACGUGUAACGUAUUCCACACAAAACUUGGACAGUUCUCUAUAUGCAAAUUUGAGUGAGAAGAGAUUCGAGAGGAUACCAGCACACGCCGUUUCGAUAUACUUUGUUCAUUUUACUUUUACUUUUGUGACUCAUUCAACACUUGAUUACUCGCGAAAAUGGAUUCGAGAACAUUCUUUAUUUUGGCUUUGGGGACAUAUAUCACCCUGAUAUUUCUGGAAAGUGCGACGUGUCGCUCGCAUGGUUUGAAAUAUCACCAUCAUCACUAUCAAAGCCACCUUCAUAACAGUAAUCGUAAUCAUCAUCAGAACCAUCCACACUCGCUGGAUUACAACAGUGGAGAGACGCCGAACGCGGUGUUGAAUCAGGAGAGGAACACGGUUCCGAAACAUGGCAAAUCGACCCCCACCUCAUGGCGCCCAUCAUCUUCCGACGAUGACUACGAGGAUGAAGACGACGGCGGUCGACAUGCUUAUCUGAUGUUGCCCUCCUCGAAAAAGUCAUCCAGCGAAAGGAUCACUGAAGAUCAAACCCUCACCCAAGCUUUCGAAAAACAUAUGAAACCUGGAACUCCCAAUAUUCACGAUGUUUAUGCAUACCAGCUCCCCUCGGACUUGUGGUUCAUCGUAAGAUACUCCAAGAAUGAGGAUGGGCAGGUGGAAAAAUACAUAGGCAAAAUCCCCCUGUGCAGACACCACCGUGCCAGAACGACUGUACGGUCGAUCAGAAGUUAUAAAUCUUACUAUGACCUAAAUUCCAGCUUCCAGUCAUGACAGGCAUUAAUGAUCAGUUCCUCCUUCGGAGAGACUUGGGAAAAUAUGAGAUUUUCCAAGCACCAAACCACUGCUUUAUUAUGGGACUGCGUUGCAUAAUACACACGUAUACCUAAUACGGGUUACUAAAUAUUUGUCGUU